AUGCAGAUAACCCAGCCUUUGAGGUCAUUUCUUCAGGUGAAGAGGAAAACAUUCAUCAUGAGAGCACUAACUCCAACAUGGGUGAAUAGCCCAGUUGAUGAUCAGUUUCCUGAAGGUGGAGGGCCCAUAGCAGUUGUGCGACCUCUCCAAAAUUUGGUAUCAGUCGAGAACUUUGUUUAUCAGAUUUUUGGGAAUGGAGUAAACCAUAGUAGGCGGGAGUUUAUCAGUAGAGAAAUUGAAGGUAUCUUUAGCCGACUUUACUCCUCAGAGACACCAGCACAACUUCAUAUGCACCAUUCCAAGAUCAUCAAGGCCCUUCGACUUUUGGGAUCAACAGUUGACAUUCUAGGGUGUGGAGAUGUGAAUGUUGAUGUGAUUCACGAUUUGAUCCGUCAACACGAGGAAUGUUUGAACACCAAGCUGGCUCUUGAGACAGAACUUAAAGAGGUUGCUAAAGAGAUUGAAGACUUGGAUGUCAAGGAAGCUACCAUCAGGGAAGUAGAAGAGAGAGUUCGCCAGAUGCGGGAAGAGCAUGAAGCUAGGAAAACUUCCCUUAAUAUGCAAAAGCUAAACUAG